AAUUAUAGAAGAAAAAGUAUAUCCUCCUGUAACUAAUUGGCGGAAGAUGAUCGAAAUGGCCGAGUUACUGGAUGAACAUACUUUAAACAUUUUUACAGCUAAAUGUUUGGAUUAUAUUCCUAAUACGUACAUUUUUUCGAAAACUUUAGCAGAGGAUAUCAUACAGGAAUAUUCUUUAUUUUUUCCUUGCGCGAUUGUAAGGCCUUCCAUGGGUAAAUAAUUUUUCUUUUAAUUAUUAUACAACAGAAUUUUUUUAUUUUAAUGCGUUAUGUGGAGUAAGUAUGUCGAAUUUGUACCUUUAUUCUGUUGCGUUAUAUAUUCAGCAAAUACCUAAUAUAAUAUAAUUGUACAAU